GCCCCUUAGACAUAGUGCUUGCUCGUAUAACGCAAGAAAAACCAUCGCUCGCCACCAUGAAGUUCUUCAUUGUUCUGUUCGCCAUUGUGGCGGUUGCCAGUGCUGGCCAUUAUGCGGAGCACAUCCAUGUCAAUGGGCAACCCGCCAUUCCGGCCCCCAAAACUCUCCCGCUCGCCCUCCACGGUAACGACCACACCACCCGCCUUCACUACUCUGGAACUCAUAUAGGGCACCCGCACUUGGUGGGAGUCGAUCAUUACAUCCCGGCGCCGCAUUACGAGCCCCAGAUCGCCAACGUGGCCGUCCACGGCCACGGACACGGCUGGCAUUAGAUCCCAUCACCUGAGCCAGCAGACUCGCUGGUCUGGAGUGGUCCACGACGAACGCGUCAUCCUGAGGCUGACAUGAGGCAGCAAAUCAGCAAUCACCACGAUUGGUGAACGAAACAACGAAUGAAGUCUUUGUCGAGAGUUCCUUCUUUUGUCUCUUCGGCAAGACGUUUUAAUUCUGCGAGAUCGCUCGCUGAGGAUUGUGGAUGUCCGGCCUCAAUGGCGAGGCUCGAGGAUCUCCGGUCCGAGGGUCGAGGAUCACGGAGGAAUACCGUUGCGAAAUUGAAAUAUAUUGGCAGAUCGAAAUGGAAUUCGACUGUCUCAGGAUAGCUGCCAUGACUUGGGCCACUCCCAAAGACCGUUCCCAGAAAGACCAGGCAAUCAAACUUGAAAAAAGCCCCCCUCCCUCGCCACUCUCCCAUCUUCUUUUCGUUUUGAAACCUUGACGCUACAUAUGACACGCAUCGUAUGAACAUUGAUGAACAAUUAGGUCCUUUCGUCUAUUUCCAUUUUCCAUCUCAUUUCGUCAACGUCAAAAUUCUGUGCGGCAUACUAAAGAAGAGACCAUAACAUCACAAUGCGGCCAUUUCUUCCUGUCCCCAUUAUUCGUCUUCCGGCAGCAACAUUUUUAUUUAUUUUAUAAAUAAAAAGUCGAUUUUUACGUCUUGUGA